CCAGUGAGGCCAGUGUUCGGCCGGACGCAAAUCGAGGCGCACGCACGCCAUGUUCAAACGGUGAACAAAAUAUUGACAAUGUUGUUCGAGAGCCCCAACGCUAAGUUGUACCCGGCCUUCAACAUACCGCCGCCUGUAAGAUUAAGCGGGGCGCUCGGAGGCGUGGAGGUUUUGGACGGCAGCUUGGUCGGCGGCGAGCUGACCGCCCAUGUCUUGAGCGCGCAGGCGGCCGCUCAUGCCGCCGCCACGGCCGCUGCGGCGGCCCACCAACAGCACCAACAACAGCAAAUUGCUGUACAACAGAUAAAAACCUCCCCAUCAUCAGGCCACACAUCGCCCGCGCCCGCUCCCCCCGCGGCCACCUCCCCCUCUCCCAGCAAGCUGUUCGUCGGGGGCUUGAGCUGGCAGACCAGCUCGGAGAAGCUCAGGGAAUACUUCGCCAUGUUCGGAGCGGUCACCGAUGUGCUGAUCAUGAAGGAUCCUGUCACGCAGCGUUCGCGCGGCUUCGGCUUCAUCACGUUCCAGGAGGCUGCCUCCGUCGACAAGGUGCUCGCCGUGCCCGUGCACACCCUAGACGGCAAGCGCAUCGACCCCAAGCAUGCCACCCCCAAGUCCGCCCCCCGCCCCGCCAAGACCAAGAAGAUCUUCGUCGGCGGCGUCGGGCAGGACACCUCCGCCGAUGAGGUGCGCGCCUACUUCGCGCAGUUCGGCCACGUCGAAGACGCCGUCAUGCUCAUGGACCAGCAGACGAAGCGCCACCGCGGAUUCGGGUUCGUAACUUUCCAUUCCGAGGAAGCGGUCGAGCGCGUCUGCGACAUACACUUCCACACGAUAAAGAAUAAGAAGGUCGAGUGCAAGCGCGCCCAGCCGAAGGAAGCCGUAGCGGCCGCCCCGCUGGCGCUCGGAAAAAGACUCGUGUUACGCCCCGGACGGGGCUUAGUGUACGCUACGGGCGGCGUCGGAGCCGUGCCCACUGUUGGCGCCGCGCACGCCUACCGCUACGCGCCGUACGCUCUGCCGACCGGCGCCACCGCCGCCACGGCGCUGGUGGCGCCGCCGCAGCCUGCGCCGCCGCCCACCAUGCCGCAGUUCGGCGCGGCCUACUCACUGGCCGGUGUCGACAUGUCCUCCUUCCAGAGCGUCGACUGGGGCGCCAUGUACGGCCUCCCCAUGUACAUCUAAACGGUAAAGCAUCUAACGAAUUGAAAACCCCACCCGCCUACAGAGGUUAGGUAUUUUAUUUCUUAUACGAUAGUUCCUACGUUUUUAGUACGUCGUAUUUUGUCUUGCCGGAGCGGCCACGGAUCAGUAUUCUUUAAACUAAUUAAGGUUUACGGCUCACAUACUUAGGUUAAGUCUUUACUCGACAAGCAAUACUUGGCCCGAUACGGGAACUAUAUCAAAGAAUACGCAUUUCGUUUUUUUUUUAAAGUUAAGUAAGAGGAUCUCAGAUAUUUUAGUUUGCGGACUAAUUUUUCUUUAUGUGUUGGAUUUGUAGUGUAGUGCACGGUCGUUGGCAAUAUGAUCAUUUAUACUUGACGAAUGUAUAUUGAUGAAUCUCAUGCAGCUCUGUAUAUCUCUUUAGGUAGCGUCGAUCGUCCGGUGACGGAACGCCAUUUUGUUAAUUGAUUAUCUAAAUACAUCACAAGUAUCAGUAUUAUAUUUUCGUGCCAUUCUCGCAGAAUACAAAAUUGUGCCAAACUCUGCCAUGUCAUUUUCCGAACAACUGAGCGCUACCUUAUUUACUGAGCUAACAAUGGACGUCGAAAUAUUAUUUCCAUUUUCCUGUACUCCCACUCGAUAUAAUGGUCGCAAUCGAGCUUGACUACCCAUCCUACAAAGAAAUGUCUUACCUAUUGUAAACGUUCUUUUUAUUUUCAAUAGCAAAACAAAUAAAUACAUACUAAUAAUAUAUUCAAUCUUACCGUGACUUAAUUUAUAUUCCAAAACUGUAGACGUAGAUUGAUGCCACGUUUGCUUAAAAAUAUGCUCUCUAGCUUCAAUUUCAUAAACUUGACAAUUGUCAUCUGACGUUGACAAUUUCUUUGCGUUUCUAGAUCGACAAGUAGUAAUUCGAUGUAUCUGCCACCUGUUGGCCUAGAUAUGGAAGGCGAAUUGUCAGUGUCAGCCGACAAUUGUCAUGAUGGUAUAAUAGAAACCUAGCGCUCAGUUGUAACACAUUCCGUCAUUUGGCACCGACGAUCAUCAGCUCACAAUUAUACUCUCGUACAUAUCUAACUGUGUGGAAAGCAAUCUCAUUACAUAUAUAUGUAUUACUUAUUUACGUAGCUAUAUACCUAUGUAGUCAACCUGUGUGGUAUCAGCGAACAUCACAUGCCUAACGCUGAUAUGGCAUAGGCUUAGUUUAAAUUAAAUACGUAUAGUAUUAGUUCAAGAUAUGCAACUAACACCCUGUCGUGACAAUAAGCUUAGAAUUAAGCCUGUAGAAUUGUCAUGGUCGCCCGCCUUUGCCUGCUUCGGUCCCACUUUUGGGCGCCAUUUUUAACAGGCAGCUGAUCAAAUGUGGUAAUAAUAUUUAUUUUUCUUAAACUUUGGAAUUAGUAAGUAAAAAUAUAUAAAUAUAAGUUAUUGUACGUGGCAACUAAAAAAAAGUAUUAAAUUGGUAUGAGUUGUAAGGAUGGAUGCUUGCGAGUCUCAUUAAUAUAUUUCAAAGAUAACUAAAUAACUAUUAUAGCUUAAAAUAUGCGUAUUAUUACCACUUUGUUUUAAAAUAGCUUUAUUUGGGCAGGGCCCUUUAAAAAACUGCCAAAAUUAUUUAUUCCAGCGUACUUAAUUCACGUACUUAGAGUUAAAUUUAAAACAAAAAGCAAUACGGUAGUAAAAAUUGCAAUACUGUGAUUAAUAUAGUAUUAUUCGAAUAAAAGACGAUGAUGGUUGUGUUUGUGCAAUUUCUAGGUUUAGGCGGGGCGCGGUCUCGGAAUGAGGGGUACUUAACGGUUUCAUUUCAGCAGGCAAACUCGGGCGACGUUGGGAUAAAUUUAUAGGAUAUUCCGAUCGAAGGACAAUGGUUUUUCUUAGAGAAUGACGUAAAUUCAAUAACAAUAAGAUACAGAAACAAGCCUAUUCGAUUUUUUUUUAACUUAACUAUCAGUAAUGAUUUGAAAACUAGACUAUAAGCUUGAAUUAUACGAUCAUGACAAUUGUCAAUAGACGCUUACCACAUUUUGGAGUCGUCAAUUAACAAUAAUUAUUGGCCCAGAAAUGUACGAUGUCUCCUCAAUGUCAAAUGACAAUCGUCAAGUUCCAAAGAGGCUAUAUGUUAAACGCAGCGAUUUCUCUGAAACUAAACGGGCAAAUUCCUACAAAACCGCUCCACUUCGCUCGAACUGUCUUAUACGAUUUAUCGAUAUAAUUCUCGGCAAACUUACUAUGUUUCCAUGGCAAUAGAGAACAGAGCUAGCGAAGUACUUAGAAACGUACAUAAUAUCAAAAGGGUAGCUAACAUGUCUUUUUACGUAAUUAAUUUGUCUAAUUAUUCAAUUGAUAGGUACUAACGUACGCUGCUGCUAAAAUAUGGUCAAUAACCAAUGAGGCAAUGACAUAAUCGUCUAGCCACACCUUCAGGCAAUUAUUAGCCAAACUAAAACGUAUUGAUCGUUCACAGCACUAUGAUUAUUAGCCAAGCUAAAACGUAAUUCUCUAUAGCAAUGGAAAUUCUUUCAUAUCUAUUCAUGAAAUAAGAGAGCUGAAUAUAAUACCACGGUUCUGAAAAUCCUGAACUUAAAGAUUACCUUAAGAGGAAAGUUAACGACCGCUUAUCUAAUCAAAACGUAGUCCCCAUUUAACUCUCUGAAUGACAUGGGAACCAUUUGAUAUAUUAUCUAUAGCUACGCCGGAUUCUUUUGAUUUUUUUCUAUUAAUUGGGUCAGCCGCAUUCGAGGGAAGCCAGUGCUGUCAAACUGGUUUAACUUGGCAGAUAUUCCGAAACAUCAAUUUAUUAAAAUGCAAGCAAUACAUUAACUUCAACACAAUGUCUUCGGACUAUAAUUAACUAAUAUAAGAGUUAGAAGCUUACAAAACUUUGUUAGCGAUUUUGUUUUCGCUCCUAAUUUUUAUAAUAACGAAAAAUAGAAGAAAGGAGGGGCAUGGUUAUAGUCGAUAUAUUUUAAUUGUAUUACAAUCCAGAGAGUAAAAUGGGGACUACGUUUUUAAAGAGAAGCGGUUGUCCACUUUCCUCGCAAAUAGCAUUUUAGUGUUAUCUAGUUAAAUUGAUAAAGAUACUGUGGUACUAUAUUGUUGAUGAAUAUAUACGAGUAUUUAAGUUUGUCGAAAUAGCAGAAUGCAUGUCGUACGUAGCGUAGACGGCUGUAUCUUGCUGCCGGCUCGGUGGCCUGAUUUGUGAACUUUUUAUUUAUUUGACUUUUCAGUACAAGCUUUUAUUGGAUUAUUUAUCAUAUUUAAACAAUUUUUGACUAAAAAUAAUUUCCAAUUUGUGUUUUAAAUAUAGUCGUUGAAGGUAAAGGCUUGUAAGAAGUUGAUUUAGAUGUUAUAUUUAUAGAGAUUGUAUUUAUUUUGUUUAUUUACAUCCAGAUCUGUAUAUAGAUUUCUUCACAUAUCAGGCUCACCGAAUGCUAUUAUCACAUGUAUACACAUACCUAUCCUUAUUAUUUAGCAGUAUUCUUAGUAUAAUUAGGCUAGAACCUCCUGAGAUUAAUGACGCGCUGUUUCCUUCUGGCCAAUACGUUUUACAAUUCUAUACCGGUAAUGUUGGCACAACUGAUUGCGUUGAGAUUUCUCCGCUUUUCAAAUGAACGCGUUGGUCACGACGAAACGGCCCGACUCUCACCAAGUGACACCUUUUGUAUAUUAGUAUUACUUUUCCUGAAAUUCUCAGUAUUAGAUGGUUGAUAUUAUUGUGAUGUCCUACACUCUUAGUAACCCUUGACCGCUUGCUGUCUUGCCAAAACUUAGAAGCGGUGGCCUUAGUUUUGAACUGUGUACUUAAUAUUUUCUUAAUAUAUAUCUCCUCUUUGAAAUAUCACUACUCUCAGCAGUCGUGAUGUUGCAAAAUUCUUAACAAAUUAUUUAUAUUUUUUUCUAUACACCUGUAAGUUACACUGGUAAAUGGUAUGUGCCGUCGGUCGCUGCGUUUGCAUUCGUUUGUUUUUGUUUGUCAGCGGCCGGCGGCGGUAGGCUAGCAGUAGUUAUUUUGUAUUUAGCGGACUUAGAUUUUUGCCCGUACAUAACUGUAUGUAAUGGAGCACUUAGAGUACCCAAUGUGUCAUUACAUGGAUAAUAUUAGAACAAUAAA